AUGGAGGGCGUGAUUCUUCUGUCCGUUCGCUACCGAGGGAUCGGCCUGCUAGUCCACACCGGUGGGAGAACCGCUGAAAGGCCGACGCCCCGGCUUGGGCCCAAUUGCAAAGCCGGUCCAGGGCGCAGGCGCGCGGGCCCUCAGGGUACGGGCCCCAUCUUGAGCCUUCGCGGGAGGCGAUCCAUCCCCGUCCUGGCCGUUCGGGGCUGCGAGGUUGGUGGGCUCGCGUCGCGGAGCCCCUCGGGACGUCGGUUUUCCCUCCCUUGCGAAGCCUCUCCGGGCGUCCUUGUCAGGCCUCGCGCUGGACUCAAGCCGUCGGGAAUGAGGCGUUCCUCGGUGCCCGCACAACCUCGGUUGCCUUUGCCUGCCGCGCUGCGGGGCUGCUUCUCGGCCGGGCCCACCGAAGACCUCCAGCCUCACCGCCAGGUUUCUUCAAACAGCGAGAAACCUUCCAGGAAGAGCUUCUGA